AGUUAACUCCCUCUACGCCGCUCACAGUAAUCUCCCUACAAGUCUUUAUCACCUUCUACCUUCAUCUCCAUAACCGCCUGCGUAACUCUGUCAACAUGUCCUCCCCGUGUCCAGAUCUACCAGAGCCAGCUGCCGGCGUACAACCGCAUCAAGACGCCGUACGAGGCGGAGCUGAUCGCGACGGUGAAGAAGAUGACGGCGCCCGGCAAGGGCCUGCUCGCCGCCGACGAGUCCAUCGGCUCCUGCACCAAGCGCUUCGACCCCAUCGGUCUGAGCAACACCGAGGAGCACCGCCGCCAGUACCGCGCGCUGAUGCUGGAGGCCGAGGGCUUCGAGCAGUACAUCAGCGGCGUCAUCCUGCACGACGAGACGGUGGGCCAGAAGGCGAGCAACGGCCAGACCUUCCCGGAGUAUCUGACGGCACGCGGUGUGGUGCCCGGCAUCAAGACCGACAUGGGUCUGCACCCCCUGCUGGAGGGUGCGCCUGGCGAGCAGAUGACGGAGGGCCUCGACGGCUACGUGAAGCGCGCGUCUGCCUACUACAAGAAGGGCUGCCGCUUCUGCAAGUGGCGCAACGUGUACAAGAUCCAGAACGGCACCGUGUCGGAGCCGCUUGUGCGCUUCAACGCGGAGACGCUGGCGCGCUACGCGAUCCUGUCGCAGAUGAGCGGCCUCGUGCCGAUCGUGGAGCCGGAGGUGAUGAUCGACGGCACGCACGACAUUGACACGUGCCAGCGCGUGUCGGAGCACGUGUGGCGCGAGGUGGUCGCGGCGCUGCAGCGCCACGGCGUUAUCUGGGAGGGCUGCCUGCUGAAGCCGAACAUGGUGGUGCCCGGCGCGGAGUCCGGCAAGAAGGCGACGCCGGAGCAGGUGGCGCAGUACACCGUGACGACGCUCGCGCGCACGAUGCCGGCGAUGCUGCCCGGCGUGACGUUCCUGUCCGGCGGCCUGAGCGAGGUGCAGGCGACGGAGUACCUGAACGCGAUGAACAACUGCAAGCUGCCGCGCCCCUUCAACCUGAGCUUCUCGUACGCGCGCGCGCUGCAGUCGUCGGCGCUGAAGGCGUGGGGCGGCAAGGACUCCGGCGUUGCCGCUGGCCGCCGCGCCUUCAUGCACCGCGCGAAGAUGAACUCGCUCGCGCAGCUCGGCAAGUACAAGCGCUCCGAUGACGACUCUUCCUCCGGCUCGCUGUACGUGAAGGGCAACACCUACUAGGGUGCUUGUCCUUCUCGUGUGUGCGCGUGUGAGACGAGAACGCUGGCUAUAUAGCAUCCUUCUCGUCCACAGCGCGAGAGCAGCAGGACGGGCGGCGACCAUUCUCCGUCAGCGACCCCGCCCUUAUUAUUUUCCGUUUGGUGUCUUGUCUCGACCUCUGUGCUCCCCACAGCGCGUUUCUCACAGCAUGCGGUGUGUUGUCCAGUGACGGAGACGAGCUCCAGAAUGCAUUUCAAAAGUUUAACUGGUUCUCUUUCUUCUGUAAUGGCGCUCGUAAGAGUGUUCUGUGUUUCGAUGUUUAAAUAUCCACUUCUUUUUCUUUUUCUUUUUAAAUUCCCCUCAAGGUGUGCAUGUGGGAGCGCCGUGGUAUUGUAGUGGGUUCUCGCAUGUGUGUGCCGCUGUCUAACUAAUGAUGAUAUGAACAAGAGGCGUUUUUGUGUUGCUUUCAUCCUGUUUUCAGGGACACGCGUUGAGCGUGUUAGCUGUAUCAUUGUUGCCUCGUUAGAAG